UUAAGAAACUAUGUAAUUUAUAAUGAAUAAAAAGUUGAUACAGUGGUAUGAAGAAAUUAACAUUCAUUGGCUUAAUUUGUAUUUAUAUAGAAAGUGUUACUGAACUUGAAAAUGUUCUUCAUUAUGUGAUUGAUGAUGUAUCCUCUGGUACUUAUAAAUAUUACAGUCUAAUGUAUAAUGGUUUAAUUAAGAUUCAAUUGUCUACACAAUUUGGAGAUGCUGAUUUAUAUAUUUCUCAAAUAACUACAAAACAACCAACAUUGGAGUUUAUGAAUCACAAAGAUUAAUAUUGGAUCAACUUUUAAUUUUUAUUAAUUUUUGUUUACUUUAGUUUUAAAAAGCCAAUAAGUUUAAGCAUUUAUGGACAUCCAUCUCAUAUAUUAAGUCUCUGUACACUAUUAGUUUAUUAAAUAACAAAAACAAAUGAAACUAUUUUUAUUAAAUAAAAUUUUGUAAAUGAAGAUUUAUAUAGUCAAAGAAUUGAUAGCCCGAAAAUGUUGGAAUAUGAAAAUCAAAUGUUUUUAGAACUUCUACAGGAAGAUGGACUGGUUAUUACAGCAAAAGGCCUUGGUAUUGAAACAGUAUUUAUGAAUAUAUUAAAAGUAUAUUGUGAUCCUGGAAAUCUUGUUUUAGUUCUUGGUACUAAUGAGUAUGAAGAAACAUAUUUUUUAGAUAAAUUAAAAUGUGAUGCAGUGAAAUAUUUACCUCGAAUUAUAACAGCACAAUGUGUAUCAGAAGAAAGAUAUACUAUGUAUUUGGAGGGUGGAGUACUAUUUAUAUCUGGAAGAAUUCUUGUAGUUGAUCUACUAAAAAAUCGAGUUCCAACAAAUUUAAUUACUGGAAUUCUUAUAUAUAGAGCACAUUCAAUAUUAAAUUCUCAUCAAGAAGCUUUUGCACUUCGACUUUACAGAAAAUUUAACAAAAGUGGUUUUAUUAAAGCUUUUACUGAUUCUGCCUUAGCUUUCACAACUGGUUUUACUCAAGUUGAACAAGUAAUGAAAAAAUUAUUUAUAAAAAAAUUGUAUCUCUGGCCUCGAUUUCAUAAAAUAGUUAGAGACUGUUUAUCUAAAUAUACUCCUGAAGUUUUGGAAUUACAUGUAAAAUUGACAUCUAAAAUGCUAAGUAUACAAGUUACAUUACUUGAUGUUAUGAAAUACAUGAUUCAAGAACUAAAAAAAAAUAAUAAAUAUCUUGAUUUAGAUGAAUUAACUCUUGAAAAUGCUAUAGCAAAUAAGUUUCAUAAACAAUUACAAUUACAGUUGGAUCCAAUAUGGGAUCAACUUAGUUUAAAAACUAAACAAUUAAUAUCAGAUUUAAAAACUCAAAGAUCGCUAUUAAUGUGUUUAACACAUGAAGAUUCUGUAUCCUUUUAUGCACAGCUUAAUCAGCUGCGAACAAUGGAAUAUGCUAUGAAAAGUAGUGGCUGGACAGUACUGGAUACUGUUGAUGAUAUGUUCAAAAAUGCUAAAUUAAGAGUCUACUCUGAAAAAGGAGAUAUACAACCAGAACCAAAUCCAAAAUGGUUAGCUAUAUCGGAUACAAUUACAGAAAUUCGGCGUGAUAAAGUAAAAAAAGAAAAUGAUAAUGUAGAAAAAAUUCUUAUUCUUACUCAAAAUAAUAGAACUUGUAAUCAACUAAAAAAUUUUUUGAUAAUGAAAGAACAAUAUUUAUUACGUGAAGCAACAAAAAAAUUGAAAACUCAAAAAAUACAAAAUAUAAAAAAAUUUGAAACAAGCAUAAAUUCACACGUACCUGAAAAAAUUGAAUCGACUACUGAAACUGAAAGUACUACCGAUAAUAAUGACGAUGAAUGUGAAAGCUAUAUUUUAACAUUAUCUCAAACUGUUGAGAAUAUUAAAAAAAAUAAUUCAGAAACAAAUCAAAAAGCUAUCAGUUCUUGUGUACAUUUUGAAGAGUGUAGUCAGCUUGUGGAUUUAGAUUUAACAAUUUUAACAACUAAAGAACCUAUUUUAAUAAUAGAACCAAUUAAAAAAGGAGGAAAUUCAUUCUCCCUACAUCAAACACUUGAAAAAAUAUUACCUAACUAUGUAAUCAUGUAUUCAGCUGAUAUUUCUACUGUUAGGUUACUUGAGAUUUAUCAAAAUAAACAUCCAAUGAUACCGUUGAUAGUUUAUUUUUUAAUUUAUGGUGGAUCUGUUGAAGAACAAGCUUAUUUAACUUCAUUGCGAAGAGAGAAAGAUGCAUUUGAUAAACUAGUUAUUGCACAAACUAGUAUGGUUGUUCCUGUUGAACAAGAUGGUAAAUCCAUUGAGCCAAUAUGUUCUGAUUCUGAGCAAGAACAAAAUACACGUAAAGGAGGAUUAAAUGAAGGUCAAACUGAGAUUAUCAAUAAGAUUAUUGUUGAUAUGAGAGAAUUUAGAAGUGAACUACCAUCACUAUUACAUCAACGUAAUAUAGAAAUCGAACCUGUAACUUUACUUAUAGGAGACUAUAUUUUAUCACCUGAUAUUUGCAUAGAAAGGAAAAGUAUAUCUGAUUUGAUUGGAUCUUUAAAUUCUGGUAGAUUGUAUAAUCAAGCUGUUGCAAUGACACGAUAUUAUGCAAAGCCAAUGCUUCUUAUUGAAUUUGAUCAAAAUAAACCUUUUGGCUUACAGGGUAAUUAUUAUGUUAGUAAAGAUAUGAAGAGUAUUGAUGUAACAAAUAAACUGCAAUUAUUCACAAUGCAUUUCCCUAAAUUAAAAUUAGUGUGGUCUCCAAGUCCUCAUGCAACUGCACAACUUUUUGAAGAAUUAAAGCAUGGUAGGCUACAACCUGAUGCUAUAAAAGCUAUGCAAAUUGGAAUGGAUGAUAAUAUUCAGGAUAACAAAAUUGUGAGUGAAAAAUAUAAUUGUCAUAUUCAAGAUUUGCUUGCUAAAUUACCUGGUGUUCAUUCAAAAAAUUUGCAAGUAAUUUUAAAUAAUGGGGUCUCUUUAGAUCAUUUAAUUACAUUAACAAAGAGAGAAUUAUCAGAAAUGAUUUCUAAUGAAAGUGAUGCAGGAUUAUUAUACAGUGCAUUACAUAAUAAACACAAACAACUGUUAGAAGCCUCUGCAAGUAGCAGUAGGGCAUCUUCAAAAUUAAAAAAUAGAGGGUUGUUUUAUAAAACUAAGUAAAAAGUAUGAUUAAAUUAAA